AUGAAAUUUAAACGGACUCUCGACGUGCGGCUGAUCGCCCUGUGCACAACCUGCUUUCUGCUUCCGGCCAUCGCUUGCCCCUCCCAGUGCAUAUGCAAGUGGAAGAACGGAAAACGAUACGUCGAGUGCACCGAGAAAGAUUUGAAAGCGAUCCCCAACUCCCUGGACUCGGAAACCCAAGUGCUGGACUUCACCGGCAACGAUUUGCAAGUCCUACAAAAGGAGACCUUCCACAAACUCGGCCUAUUGGAUUUGCAAAAAAUCUAUUUCCAGAGAUGUCGUUUGCAGAAGAUCGAUACUUUCGCCUUCAGGGGCCUCGCCAAUUUAGUCGAGUUAGAUCUAUCCAAUAAUUACAUCACAGUCAUCCCAUCUAGCAACUUCGUCUUUUUUCCAUCCCUAAUGAGACUCUCUUUGAACAACAAUCCUAUAACGAGCGUAAAGACUCACUGCUUCCAGCAUCUGUCCUAUUUGAAUACAUUAGAGCUGAGCAGUUGUAAAAUUGAAAGUAUAGAGGCGGAGGCUUUCGCCGGAUUGAAACACUUGGAAUGGCUGAGGCUAAAUGGAAAUAGGCUCGCGAACAUUCAAGGCGAUAAUUUGUUUCCCGAUACGCUGCGGGGUAUCGAUCUCCAGGGCAAUAAUUGGAGUUGUGAUUGUCAUUUGCGCGAUUUACAUAGCUGGCUAUCGAAUUUCAAUAUGCCACACGCCGUCGAGCCAAUUUGCUCGCAACCUGAGCGGUUGAAAAAACGCACAAUCACAAGUGUUGAUGAAUUCGAUCUGGCGUGCUUACCGAAAAUAACCUCAACCCCGACGUACAUAGAGUCGAAUAUCGGGAACAACGUCACCCUCGAGUGUACAGUGAAGGCUGUGCCAGAAGCGAAAAUACAAUGGUUCUAUCAAGGGCAACUUAUACGUAAUUAUUCGACAUCAGCCGCCGAGCCUCAUCACGUUUUUUAUGUUGAGAGCGGCGUUAUCGAUAAAAAGAGUGAUCUACACAUAUACAAUAUCGGGAGCGAUGACAAUGGAACGUAUUCGUGUGUCGCUGAAAACUCAGCUGGAAAGACGCGAACGAACUUCACAAUUAAAAUACUGAUUAAAGAGGAACCCGUCGUUAUCGUAGUGACGUUUCCCCACAGACAUUUGGUAGUGAUUAUCACAGUGAUAUUUUUAAUAAUCGUAUUAUUUAUUGUCAUAGUAACGGUUGUGUUAUUAAAGUUUAAAACGGAUACGAGGAGUCGUAAAAAGAAAGAGAGCGGGAAGGACGUCGCAUUAUGCAAUCAAAUAUUGCCUUCGAGCCGGGGGAACGGCUCUUUACCUAAAAAUAAUGGGAGCGUUAUUGUAAACGCCCACUCGCACCACGCGUUGCAUUAUACAGUGCAAACAGCCAGAGAAUUCGAGUCAAACGACACGUAUCAAAGCAAUAACAUGAAAGGCUUUGUAGACAGAAAUCCCGAUCUAAUUAGCGAUGCGGAAACGGUCGCAAACAACGCACAGAACGAGAAUACAGUGUUAUCUGUGUACAAAACGCAAAAUGGCGACGCGUUUGAGGAGGAGACCGCGUUUACUGCUCCGCCUGUGCAGCGGCAGGUCACGUGGCAGGACCAACAGACUGCGAACAGUCUGAGCCUCCCGCAGAACGCUAUGUAUCAGCACUCAGCGGACGUUCACCUCAAUCCUGGCUGCUUUUUAGACAGCGAAGGUUACCCGUUCGACUACGGUCUCCCAAAACAUCCUUGUCGAGCUCCGAUGAUGUCCAACUACGCAGUGGUCGGACCUUUUUACCAGACGCUGCCUCAUAACCGACCGAAAGGUCAAAAGCUUGCUUGUAAGUAUACUAAAGACACAGAGUUUAAUGCCACACCACCGCCAUGCGCCAACUAUGAAUUCAACGGCACAAAUGUACGGCGUACAUUAGAGGGUUACCCCGUGCCCCGGAACCGCCAAAUUGCGUUUGUAGGAAACGGCACAGUGUAUUACAACGAGGAGUUCGUGCCUUCGCCGCCAGAGGGCUAUAAAACUGAGUCAGUGCAGUGUUGUGCUCCUCAAGAGGCCUGCGCCGCUUGGAAUCCAAAGGGUACAUGCGCCGUAAUGGUCCCUAUCGGAAUAGAAGCCCCCGGCAGGUGUUAUCAAGUGGAAACCAGAUGUGUAGACACACAAACGACAGAUACGCGAGUGCCGGGGGAAGGUACGGAAAACGUUUUGAAGCCGCUGCCUCAAGUCGCUAAAUGUGCGUCAGAUAUAUGUUCGGAAAGCCCUGAUGAAGGGUAUGUAGGCGACGCUAACGACAUCUGA